AUGAACAAAGAACACGUCGGCAAACAAGACAAUCCUAGAGAACUUGCUGACGAUGACGUUGAUGCUGGCGAUAACGGUAAUGCUAGUGAUUACGACGAUUACAAUACCAAAGAUGGCGAUGGCGAUUCCGGCAAUGAAAAUAAAGAGGAGGGUGAUAGUGAGCUCAUCGGUGUUUCAUCUGUGGAAGAGGAGAAAGCUGAUGGUGAAGUUGAUGCUGAGGAGGAGGAAGCUGAUGUUGUGGUGGAGGAGAAAGUUGAUGGUCAAGUUGAUGCUGAGGAGAAGGAAGCCGAUGCUGAAGUUGAUGCUGUGGUGGAGGAGAAAGAAGACGAAGCUGAUGUUGUGGUGAAGGGGAAAGUUGAUGGUAAAGCUGAUGGUAAAGCUGAUGGUAAAGCUGAUGCUGAGGAGGACGAACCCGAUGCUGAAGCUGAUGCUGUAGAGGAGGAGAAAGUUGAUGGUGAAGAUGAAUAUGAUGCAGAGAUGAAUGAAGAACAUGUCGACGAACAAAAGAAUCCCGGAGAACUUGCUGAGGGUGAUGCUGGCGAUUACGACGAUUACAAUACCAGCGAUAAGGAUGAAGAAGAGGUGUUUCAUAUGUGGAGGAGUAUUGAAGUUGGCUAUAAUGCUAAGGAGGAGGAGGAAGCUGAUGCUGAGAAUGUUAAGGAAAAGGAAGAAGAAAAUGUUACUAUUGAUGAAGAUAAUAAUGAAAAUGUUGAAGAAGAGGAAGAUGCUGCUAUUUAUGAAAUUGAUGGUGAAAAUGUUGAGGCAAUCAAGCUGAUAGCCACCUUUAUUGAGGCUGAUUAUGAGAAUGCUGAGAUCACUGUUGAUAAGGCUGAUGGUAAGAAUGCCGAGGAAGAAGAGGAGGAUGAAGCUGAUGCUAAGAAUGUUAAUAAGAAUGUUGAUGAAGAGGAGGAAAAUAAUGCUGAAGUUACUGUUGAUGAAGCUGAUAAGAAAAAGGAAGACGUAUUUGUUUAUGAAGCUGAUGGUGAAAAUGCUGAGGUCACUGUUGAUAAGACUGAUGGUGAGAAUGCCGAGAAAGAGGAGAAAGAUGCCACUAUUAAUGAAGUUGAUGGUGAGAAUGCCAAGAAAGAGAAAAAAGAAGAGGCUACUGUUGAUGAAACUAAUAGAAAAGGAGGAAGAAAAUCCACUAUUGAUGAAAUCAAUAAUGAAAAUGUUGAGGAAGAAAAAAAAGCAACUAUUUAUAAAGUUAAUAAUAAGAAUGAUGAGACCACUAUUGAUGGAGCUUAUAGUAAGAAUAUUGUGGAUGAUGAGGAAAAUAAUACUGAAGUCACUGUUAAUAAAGUUGAUAGAUAUAAAGCUAAUGAAGAGGGGGAGGAAGAAGCCAUGUUGAUGGAGCUGACAGUGGUAGUGAAUAUACUGAGAAAGAGAAAAAGAAAAACAUCGGUUUAUGAAGCUGAUAGUGAGAAUGUUGAGGCCGUUGUUGAUGAGACCAAUGGUGAGAAUGCCGAGGAAGAGGAUGAUGAGGAAGAUGUCACUGUUGAUGAAGCUGAUGGUGAGAAUGUUGAGGAAGGGAAAAAAGAAGAAACCACUGUUGAUGAAGCUACUGGUAAUAUUGUUGAGGAAGAGGAGGAGGAAGAGAAUGCUGAGGAAGAGGAGGAGGAAGAAGCCGAUAUUGAUGAAGUUAAGGGUGAGGAUGCUGAAAAAGAUAUUGCUAAUGAUAAUAAUGAUGACGACGAUGACGACGAGCUGCCUACCUUAAUAUGUUAUGUGGUUGGGAUGGUGUUGAUGGUGGUAAUGGCGAUGGUGUCGUAG